AUGAGAGGAGGAAGCGGCAUUAUGAGGCCUCCGAGGCUACGGGGGGACGGGGUUGAGGGCUGGGGCCGUGAUGAUGUCGGAUUUUCAGCGGAGGUCCAAUUCCUUCUGGACUUCUCUCUGGAGGUUUUGAUACAGGCAGGCUAUGCUCCGUCCCAGCUGUGCCCUGCAGAGGUGGACUCUCUGGGGGACACAUCUGGAGCAGUGGACCGAGGAAGCCUCCGGGAGACACGUCCUCGGCCCCUGGUCUGUGUAGGAUCUGAGUUGAACCCUGCAGCAGCGUCUGCACAUGGCCCGAGCCGCAGCUUCCUCUCUCCAGAAGUCAGAGCUCUUCAGUCAGAGCUCUUCAGUCAGAGCUCUUCAGUCAGAGCUCUUCAGUCAGAGCUCUUCAGUCAGGGCUCUUCAGUCAGGGCUCUUCAGUCAGGGCUCUUCAGUCAGGGCUCUUCAGUCAGAGCUCUUCAGUCAGGGCUCUUCAGUCAGGGCUCUUCAGUCAGGGCUCUUCAGUCAGGGCUCUUCAGUCAGGGCUCUUCAGUCAGAGCUCUUCAGUCAGGGCUCUUCAGUCAGGGCUCUUCAGUCAGGGCUCUUCAGUCAGGGCUCUUCAGUCAGGGCUCUUCAGUCAGGGCUCUUCAGUCAGGGCUCUUCAGUCAGGGCUCUUCAGUCAGUCAGGGCUCUUCAGUCAGUCAGCUCUUCAGUCAGAGCUCUUCAGUCAGAGUCGAGCUCUUCAGUCAGGGCUCUUCAGUCAGGGCUCUUCAGUCAGAGCUCUUCAGUCAGGGCUCUUCAGUCAGGGCUCUUCAGUCAGGGCUCUUCAGUCAGGGCUCUUCAGUCAGGGCUCUUCAGUCAGGGCUCUUCAGUCAGGGCUCUUCAGUCAGAGCUCUUCAGUCAGAGCUCUUCAGUCAGAGCUCUUCAGUCAGAGCUCUUCAGUCAGGGCUCUUCAGUCAGGGCUCUUCAGUCAGAGCUCUUCAGUCAGGGCUCUUCAGUCAGGGCUCUUCAGUCAGAGCUCUUCAGUCAGAGCUCUUCAGUCAGGGCUCUUCAGUCAGGGCUCUUCAGUCAGGGCUCUUCAGUCAGGGCUCUUCAGUCAGGGCUCUUCAGUCAGGGCUCUUCAGUCAGGGCUCUUCAGUCAGGGCUCUUCAGUCAGGGCUCUUCAGUCAGGGCUCUUCAGUCAGGGCUCUUCAGUCAGAGCUCUGA